CGGCCGGGGCGCCGGGGCGCCGGCAGAGCGGCGUCGGGACGCCAGCGUCGCCGUCCGUCGGCGAUAAACCAGCAGCGAGCAGCAGUCGCGCUAGAAUACACUCAUCGCGAUCAGCGUAGCCAUAAUAUACCGCGUAUUAGGUAUAAGCUUACUCACCUUGCUUGAUUACCGAGACGGACGAUCCUGCAACUGUAACGCGUAACUAACAAUAAGCGACGCGUCGUUCUCACCGAGUGCCGGUCUAUUCGGUAAUUUGUACCUUCCUUUCUUUCUUAUCUCUCUCCUAUUUGUCUUAUCCUCAAAUUUUUCAUCGCCACAUCGUCAAGUGCAUGUGUUCACGUGAAUCUGGUGAUCGUGCUACGGUGAAUUCUCGUACGUGUCCAUUCGAAUCUCCUAGUUUUCAUCCGAUCGAGGAGCCAGGACAUCGUCGUCUGCAGUCCGAGGGCUCGAUAUCCAAAGAGCUGUUGAGCAGAGGGUGGCACUUGAAUCAAAGGACGGGCUGAGGGCCCGGGAUCAGGCUGGGACGUGCGGGGGUGCUCCAGGCCUGCAUCAGGGCGCGAGAUCUUCACCUAAAACAGCAGGAAUGCGGUGAUGGCGCUUCUGUACAGAUUCGCGCAGCUGCCCGAUCGCGGUGGUACGCGGGUCUUCUCAUUCGUCGUAACGAGGAGCGUUGUCCGCGACCCAGAACGCGACGUAACCAGCAAGGAACUCGUUUGCGGCUUCCAGCGAUGGGCUGUCGCCUUCUCACGCGGCGACAAGGUCCUGGGUGUUUACCUGGUAUGGCGAGGAGCUGCGCCGGGUUUGCGAGUCUACGUCGACUUCACGUUCACCCUCCUUAACCGGGAGCACUUUUCAGUGAACGAAGGCUUCUCCGGGAAGCGGGUCAAGUUCACGUACGACGCCCCUGCCCAGGGUAACCGCAACUACAUUCCAGUCUCGGAUCUCUACAGUCGGAACUUCGCUGACCCCAACGGCGAAUUCCAGCUCGAGUUGUCGAUGGCUAACGUCCGCACUGUCUAUACUGCUGAGCUGCGAAUACCGACAGGAGUCUUCUCGGCGGGACAGCAAAAACCGGAGAAGCUGGAGACCGGGUACUUCACAUUCGGCGGGUUUGACUGGAAUCUCGUGAUCUACCCGUUGGGAGACAAAGAUGCCAUCAACCACGAGACUAGCGUUACGGCUAUUUCAGCUUCUGGUCCGGGCGCCGCAGCCUCAUCUACGGGUCACGGUAGGCAGGAGGGACGGCUGAGCGUUUACUUGGCAAGGCUGACGGGCUUCGAUCACCGAUGCCGAGUGCGUUACAAUGUCACCCUGGGUGAGGGGGACCGAAGGAUAGAGUCCGGGCACAUCGAGGACCUCUCGGACGCCGACGGCCGCGGUUUUGGCUGGCAUCCGCGGAUCCGGUGGUCCGAAAUAGCCCAUAAGGGCGUCGUCCGCGUUUCGCUCGAGAUGGUCGAGGCGCGUACCGUUUCCGAGGUGGGGGUUCAAGCCCUGGGGCUGCCGGUUUUGCCGGCGGCGCCGUGCUACGACCGUGACAAACAAGCCUGGGCACUCAGGGCGGACCUUCAUUCGGACACGGUGAGGCUGCACCUCGUCUACAAAGACAUUCACAACGUACCGAGGAACCAUCUCCGGUAUGUCGGGUGGACUGCGUACUUGAUGAGAGGCGAGGAGGCCGUUGCUCUGCCUGGAGCACCGUUCGGCCGGUACUACGCUCAGGAGGCAGUCGACGAGGGUAUAAUAAUGGAGACCAGCCUCGGUGUCACGGAGGUCAAGGAUGUCGAGUGUCCGUUCAUAACUGACAAGGGGCAGCUCAGGGUGCGGCUUGAGUGGAAUGAGGGCCAUCUGCUCUUUCAGGCCACCUAUCACAAGUACGACGACGUUUGUCGUGUUCACAAUCAGCAAAUGCGCAGAGAGAUCGCCGCCCUUCAAGCCGAGAACUACUCCCUCGAGCGGCAGCUCUUCAGCUACCAGCAGAGCCUCGCCUUCGCUCAGGCCCAGGCUCAGGCUCAGGGACAGGAACCGGACGUCGUUGACCCCGACCAUCAUCACCAUCAUCACCAUCAUCACCAUCUCGAACGCUCGGCGUCAACCGACACGGAAUACGCCUGACGCGGGGCUGAUGCCAAGACGCGCCACGUCCACCAGAACCGGCGAUACACCGAUAAUAGAGGGAAUCACGAGGACGAGGAUGAGGAUGAAGAGGAUGACGUCGGGCUUGAGUUUCGGAGGGAAUCGGAAGGGCUAGAAAACGCCACACCUGCGCUUUGGAGGGAGACUCCCCUCCUUGUGGAUCACCAUCAACGCAGCAUUGUUCAGCAGCCAAAAUCCGCCGCUGGUUCGCGAGGUGCACCACCUAUCGGAAACGUCGGUUUCGACCACGGUGUCGACGGGGUCGCGUCGAGGCCUGUCAAGCCACAGAAAACCCGACGAACUACAUUAUGGGAAACACUCACCGGCCUCGUUUGUUCUCUAGGCGCCUUGGCCACCAGGGCAGCUAAAUUGGCGACGCGUCGAGGGGGCGAGCCUCUAUGAGACGAAGCCACCUUGCUAAUACCUGCAAGUAUAUAUUAAGUAAUAGUGGAAACAGGAAUCGCCUGUGGAGCUGGGAUUGCAAUGGCAAUGACGACAUCUUACGGUCCCGGACUCCAGGUGUCCUGCACACAGUCAGUCUACGUCUUUAUUUAUAAGUCUAUAAUCUACUUGUCAAUUUACCAAAGAACCUAUUUUCCUCUAAAGACUUUUUCACGUAUCGUACUCGAAUAAUACUAUAUCGUAACAUACAUUAACGUUCAUGAGUAAAAUGCGCGACCCCGCUAUCGGAAAAAUGAUAGUUAAUACUCACCUUUUUUCACCUAUAUUAUAAACACGUGCCCCAUGUAUUCAAAGUUAAGUCUAAAUUCGCGAUUUUUCAUUGUAUAAAUUGUACGUUACAUAUUUCCACUCAGGAAUUUUACUCGCGAGUCUACCGAACCGCUCAAAUCCAUUGAAAAUUCAGCCGUCGGAUAACCCAUCAGUAAUCGAUCGUAUCGGAAGGAAUAUUUGAUUUCUUCGGUUUACGGUUAUCUCUCGUAUGACCUGCAGGCAACCAGCCGUGGUGGCGAAUAAUUGUACAGCCAUUCAGUAUCCUCUUCAGUAGUAUAGCAAGGAUAGUUCUACGUACAGAUCCCGAUACUGACAUUUUACCGACAUUUUAACCGCUUCACAGUUCAGACACAAGCCCGUUUUCAGAUAAGGGUUAUCCCCACUCUAGUGAACUUUCUUGAUCAUCGGAAAAAAAAUUUUUUAAAUGCGGAGGAUUUUUUCUGAUGAUCAAGAAAGUUAAUCAGAGUGGGGAUAAACCCCACCUGAAAAAAGGGCUUUUGUCUGAGCCGUGAAACGGUUAAAAUGUCGGUAUCAGGAUCUGUACCCAGAACUCUCCUUGCUAUACUACUCUCUGUUUUUGAAACAAAAGCUUUUCCAAAUGAGCACCCUGCGAAAAGCACAAUAUUUAUCAACAAAAUUGUGCAUUCUUUCGGCUACUCGACGACUAACAAGCAAUACGAAAAUAAGUGAGAGGUUGACCAUUCUGCGAGAGAGUGUAUAUAGGCCUGACUUGAAAACCGAAAUAAUUUCAAUAACUUGAGAAUUUGAAAAAAAAACAUUACAUCGUGCAAGAAUUUUAAGUAAUUACAGAGGAAUUCAGGAUACUGCUGACUAACAAUAAGUAUACCUACACUUGUUUCAAGCAUGCUUAACCUUUCGAAAUAAGACUGCGAUCCGUAACAUGCAUCUAUAAUGAGAUAUUAUACGCAGCACGGAAAUUGGUGUAAACGCCGGGAAUCCACCCGUGAUCUUUCCCCUUUUAUCUCGGAUUAUCCGCGUGGCUGUACUUACUGGCGAACUCGGAUCGUAUCUCCUUUACAACGUGGUGUGGUUAACGCCGAAUACAUUCGAUAUCAACCCCGCGGGGUUUGCUGAAGCUGAGGCGACCCUCAUCUCGCGCCAUUGCAGAAAUCCCUCCUCUGACUAGCAGAGCUGUAUACUUUGUACAUAUAUAUACCUGUACCAUAGAUAUAUACAUGCAUACACUUAUACUACAUAGUCGAAAUACUAUUCUUACUCCAUGAGAUACAUACAUAGAUACGUACACGCAACAUUAUACACUAUUUCAUGUCUAUACCUGCAUCCAAGUGAUUGGUAUGGGCAUAUCUAUCCUACGCGUGGACACGUGACGAGUACUUCAACGCCUAUGUGCAGGACAAUCGAUUUUUACAAGGGUAAAAGGAACCAGAGAGGCUUCUGCACCUUUUACUGCCGUUGUGAAGCUCAAAUGAUUAGAUGGAACAAGGUUGUACUUUCAAUUAAAGGUGAGAAUGUAGGUACAUCCUUCUAUACGGUCGCAAAGAAUCAGGACUUGCGCCACGUCGAUCUGUUUGUACUCUAAAAAUUUAUCAAAAGACCAUUCUAUUCUACCAUAUCAGACAAGCAUAGUCAAAUAUUGAUGAUCCAUACAAAAAUGAUAUUUCUUUAUAGGAAUCUGUAAAUUUCUAUCAAUUAAUUGUUUGUGUAUCAAAUUCAUCUGUCGAAAAUUGACGUCUCAAUAAUUGCAAUUUGAUUCUUCAGAUGAUGCAUCCCGUUUCUUGAUGUUAAAAAUUUUCUCGCGCGAUUAAGUAUCACUAAUUCAUAAAGAAUCACUAAUAAACAACAUUGAAAAGACACGGAAUUAGUAAUAAAAUAAGUAUAUGGCAGUUGGCUCGUGGGCCGCAGAAAUUGUUUAUUUCACUUCGGAACAUACCCAGAGUCAGAAGAGAGAAAUCACGUUCCUGUGGCUCACCCGAUCGUUAAAAUACUCGAGGCAGACGUGACGCGCUUUGUACCUACAUCCAUAUAAUAUUAAUGUUAAUUACUGCACAAAUUACACACACGCACAUCAACUACAUUUAAGUCAUAAAAACACAAUACACAGACACAAAACUCACGUCAAGUGCACAAUUAAUAUAUUUAAACAUUACACAUUAAUUACGUCCUGCUUGUACAAUCCACUAUAUAUUAUCGAGAUAUUAUAUUAUGAUAAUGUGUUAAUUCAAAAAAAAAAAAAAUAAUAUACAUAAACAUUUUUCAUUGCCUAUAUAUGUUAUAUACAUAUACAUAUAUAUGUAUCUAUGACACAUUAUACCUGCGUUAGAAUAUAUUUCACGACAAUUCUCUUCUAUUAAUUGUUAUAGUUACAUGGUGUUGAAUUAUGCAUAUUGUGUUGAAUUGUGUUCUAAAUCGUACAUUGUAUUGUAUAUCGUGUAUAAUUGUAUCGUAUCGUAACGUAUCGUAAAGUAUCGUAAAUCGUAUAGUACUCUAUGUAGUACCGUACCUACUAAAUAGGCAGCACUGUCAACCCUUGACUCUUAUCAAGUAGGUAUACAUGUGUAAUCGUAUGUAUGCACUACAUACGUACAUAGUAUAUAGAAAUUGAUCCUGUGACAUAUAUUGUGGGUAUUUUACUAUGAUAAGACAGAGUGACCGAACUACAAAAUUUCAGGAUAAAGGAUUCGUCAAUUGCGAAUGGUUUUCUUAUUAUUCUUACUUUAAUUCAUUCACUAUAACUUGGUGGUACAUGUGUUCUGGAAUGUGCUGAAAUAACUAUCGCAAAUUUUCAAUUAUCAUUCGAUUAUUGAUAAUAAAUGAAUUGAAAUGAUUAUUUUGACUAAAAGUAUUUACUUAUUCGUAUGUAAGGAGACUUGGAUCUUUCGGUGAGGUUCGAUUGCGUUUUUAUUUUUAUUUUUUUCCUAUCGCGUCAGGUUUUCCUGAUAAGGUGUACAAAUCGAAGUUCGUCGUGACGUCAAUGCGACGUCACGAAUCUAUCAUCAAUUCCAUUUCACGGAUCGAAAUACGUACACAUUAAGCACACCACUUGUAUUAUACUGUAUACUUAUAGUAUACUAAAACAAGAAAAAGAUAACAGUUCCCUGCACAUAUAAACUUAUCAGCAUUUUGUGAUUUGGUCACUUUCGCAGUAUGUAUGUACAUUCACACGUAGUCGCACUCAUACCCACAAUAUCAUAAUUGCUAGGGGAUGGCUAGCUAUUUUUAUUGACUGAAAAAUAUUAAGGAUCAUUCCUAUCGCGAGAAUAUUUUGAAAAAUUGUCAUUUUUGUUACGAGGAUGAAUGUUGCUAAGAUCAAUGGAAUAGCGGCCAACCCUGCAAACUAUAAUACAUUGAAAACUUGAAUAAGAUCACUUUUUUCACUGCAAUUCUAUACGCAAGCUAAAGCGUAUAGUGGCUCUGACAAUCGCGCACACUUGCCUCCUACUCUGCAAAAAUUGCACUCUUAUUAUACAUAUAUACAUUAAGUACAUUAUAUUAUACAUAUAAUUAGCCCGUCAUCAGCGAAGGAGGCAUCCUGUAUGCGUGCAUGUUUUCGUUCUUUUGCACUUUGAUGUUUAUCUGCUCGAGUAUCAAAGAAUCUGACCCACCGUACCUAACGUUCCGUCAAACUUAAAACGCUCGCGAACACUGUUAGUUUCUGUUCAUAUUAUCUUGGAGAUGAUACAAUUUGCUGGUUCGUUCUCGCUUCAAUUAUAUCAGUUUUAUGCUAUAUUUCAUUCGGUGUUUAAAUGAAAUAAAGAAACCGUCGAAUUUCUCAAACUCAUCACUCGGAAAAUGAUAUUUAACUUACUUUCUUGUUUGAGAGUUAGAAGCAGAGAAAAAUUGCAAAGCUUUCAACAAAAAGUUUCGGUUUGAAAUAAAAUUAUCCACCAUAUUGCCAUAUGGUUUUUUGGUUUAGUUGCCGUGAUAUUUUUUUUUUUAUUGACUCAUCAGGCUGCAACAUGCAUAAUUAACAUUUUAAGCGCAAACAUUAUCGUUGUGCGGCGGGGUUGUUGUGUCAAAGUUUUGUUAUCACCUGUUGGCUGAUAAAAAAAAUACGUUAUGAAUGGCAUGUUUGAUGAAAUAUGUAUUCAAAUCUGAACGCUGAAUAACGACAAAACGACAUCAUUUAAGAGCCCGAAAGUAAUUGUUGACAGGUACGAAAUUCGGUAAAUAACAAAUAUAAAGACUGAUAUACCUGUCAUACAAAAACACAUCAGUUCGAAUUGGUGAAAGUACUCGCAUGGAAUACACAGAAAACUCUGACUCUCCUUCGCAAUAAUUUCAACAAAACAUGUACUAUAAUACACGUAUAACGUCUGUGAGUCUGCCUCAUCUUUUAUAAAGUUCUUGCUACAUUCA